GCCAGAUCUCCCACCCCAUACUGGACGGCGCUGCUUCGGAUAUGGAGGGAAAUCCUGCCAAAAAAGACCAACAGACCACGGUCCAAAGAUGAGGUUCUGAGGCAACCGCUGUUCGGCAACCAAUGGGUGAUGGGUGAAGGGGACAAUCCUCUUCAGUUGGAACACCAAUGGUUAUCAUGGGUCAAAAAUGGGGUAUGGAAGGUAUUUACAAAUGCCGUAGCUGCCGCCAAGCUCAGCAGGAGGCAGCAGAGGCAGAACGUCAGCGGCUGGCUAAUGAGGCGGCAGCCCAAGCUCAGCAGACUGCUGAGGCUGACGCAGCGGCACGAGACCAACGGAAUGCCGCCAGUACGGAGUCCCUGAUUCAUAGUGAAAGUCAGUGGACAACGUUCCUCCAAGGCAUGAUCUUUGUGCCUUCGGACGCGCAKGCAGAUCCGACACCGGCGGAGGCAGAGAGGACUCACCUGGCUAACUUGAUGCUGGGCAUGAUGAGARRCAUCAUGUGGAAUAACACACUGCUGCAGGCACAUCUGCGCACGGAACGACAGCAGCGACAAAAGUACCAGCAAGACAUUGCUGUUUUAACAACUGCCAUCCGCGCCAAAGCAACGCAGCAKCAGCAACAGCAUCAGCUGUUGAACUCCGCUCUCGCACGCAUCAACAGCAUUGAGGCUAMCGCCUCAGCAGCGCCAGGCUGCACGACAGACGCGACGAAGCAACUCAAUGAGCGCAUCRAUSAYGUCGUCACCAUCAUCGGCGACAUAGGUGUUUUCAAUGGGCCGGACACGAUCAGUAGCACGGUGGCCGCCAUCAAGACGGACAUCACCAAGCUGCAGACGAGACCGGACGCCGCUACAAAGACUUACAAGAUGCCGCACUUCGACAUCAGCAAGUUCGACGACUACAAUAAGUCGGACGCCUUGACAUGGUGCCAACGUUUCCUCACGGAAGCAUCAUGCCGCACUGCUGCCGACAUAGACGUCCCUUGCUCUCCCGCUUCCGUCCGUAAGUACCGGGACUUGCUGAUCAAAGCCCGCGCAAAUAUGCAAAAGGCUCAGAUCCACAUGCAGCAGCAGGCUAACCGACGUCGACUUCCAUGUCCUUUCCGCGAGGGAGACCUUGUUUGGGUCCUCUCCGAGGAAUUUGCGCUCGAGCAGGAUGUUUCGCGCAAACUCCUUCCGAAAUGGUUCGGACCAUGGGAAGUCACUUCUGCCGUUGGAGACGAUCCCGCAGGUCCUUCCUUCGUGAUCAACAUUCCACCGCACCUAACAGUGCAUCGGGUCUUCCACGCAUCGAAGCUGGCCGUCUACACGCCACCUUCAGAUGACAAGUUUCCCGGACGUCGAUCACAGGAUCCGCCCUCCAUGGACGGACAUCAGGAAGUGGACCGAGUCAUCACGCACCGCAAGUAUGGCAACAAGCCAAUGCAGUACAAAGUCACAUUCAAGCAAUGUAUGCCUGACGACACUCGGUGGAUCUCCAGUACAGAUUUGCAGACUUCUGCACCCCUUAUCUUCGCCAACUAUGAGAAGCGACGCCUUGCUAAGGACGCAGCUCGUCCCACCCGACCCAUCCCGGUAUCGGACAGACAACUCCGCCCUCGCAAGUAGCUCGGUCUUUUAAGAGGGGGAGUGUGUUACAUCUUCGAUGCCACACGGGUCCUACCGGACCCGACUUAGGGCUAGA